GGCUUCUGUUUAGUGGCAGUUGUCACAACCUUCCCUUCGAAUCAUCUCAAUUUGGCCCACUCCUUGCAUGAGAGGGUACCUUAACGACCGCCAAUCUGUCAUUGCAGCCUGCCCAUGAGCAAAAAACAACAAAAGCUCCUAAAAUAGGCGCCGCUAGGUCUUCAUGAUGGUCGUCAUCCCAAGGAGAUAAUACUUGCUAGCCAGGACCCCUGGUCGGCUAUAACCCCAAGGCACUCCAUAUUGAUAGGGCUAGAGUACCCGUUUUAGAUAUCAAGGUAUAGAUGAACUACCGACCGUCGUACUGCGUAUGGACUGACCACAAUGGUAAAAUCUGUCACUAAUCUAAUACUAUACUUAAUAGAAAGAUACUUAUCUUUGCUCCACCACCUUCUGUUUUUCUUUUCCUCUCUCAACUUUCACCUUGCUUACCAUUUCCCCAAUUCCACACAUCUCACUUUAUUUUCACGACAUACUGCCUUCUAUCUAUUAAUUCUAGCCUGCUUUCAACAAGACCAAGUUAGAUAAUAACAUAUCAUAUCAUGGAUAUCACACUCAUCCAGUCUCCAGAAGGAAACAUCACUGGCGCUGUAUAUUUUACUUACAAUCCAUCCCAGCCCGCUGCCUACGGGUUUCUGGCACUUUUUGCACUACUUACUCUGGCACAUAUAAUCUACAUGUUCCCAUUGCGGUCAUGGUACUUUAUCAGUUUUAUCCUAGGUGGAAUAUGCGAAACUUUUGGGUACUAUGGACGGAGUAAAUGCCAUGAUAAUAUCAGUUCUCUGGGUCCUUGGAUCCUGCAAAUGAUCCUCAUUCUCGGCGCACCAACCUUUCUUGCAGCUACUGUCUAUAUGACACUCGCGCGACUUACUGUGUCCUUAGGGGCAGAAGAGCAUUCGAUGAUCAGUCCACGAUGGUUAACAAAGAUAUAUGUUCUCAUCGAUGUCAUAUGCUUUUUCAGUCAAUUUGCUGGAGCAGGAGUUCAAGCUUCCGGUGAUGCAACAGUCAUAUCCAUUGGAAAUAAAGUCAUUCUCGGGGGUCUCAUAUUCCAAAUAAUAUCAUUUUGCUUCUUUCUAUACAUGGCUUGGCGUAUCGGAGCCCGUUUUGAACAAAGUCAAGAAAAUCAUCCGAGUAGCCUUCGAUAUCCGGAACUCGAAAACGGGUGGAAAAAAUACUUCCGAGCUUUAUACGCAGUCAGCAUACUACUUAUCAUUAGAAACUUGGUGCGGGCGAUUGAGUAUGGACAGCAGUCGAGCGGUGGAGGAUUUUCAUAUGCUACAAGGAACGAUGAUGGAACUCUCACUUAUGCCGGAGAUCGUACCGAGACAAUUGGAGAUAAAGAAGCGUUUCUUUAUAUUUUCGAUGCUGCGCCAAUGUUUCUGGUGGUUUUAAUAUUCCUGAUUGUUCAUCCGGGGAAAUUCAUUAAGAGGGCUCGUGUUGUAAAAGGGGAGAGAAUAUCAGUUACUGAAAUGGAGGCUUUGACGAAAUGAUAGAAAUCACUGCUAGAGGAAAAUGAGCAUACAGUCUCACAACAGCUACUCUAAUGGAUUGAGUAUGCAAUAGUCACUUUGUUAUUUUGUUAUUUCAUUUGUAUAUAGACUACUUCCA